AUGCGGGAUGCUGGUAAACCUGGUGGUAAACCGGGCGGCGCAGGCGGCAAGGGUCGCAAGAAGCGCGAAAAGGGUGGAACUCGCAAGUUUGUGACAUCGCUGGAGGAGAUGACGUUGCGUGAUGAACAGGAGGAGCAGAAGCGUAAAACUCGUGGUGACGAUAUGGCUUUUGAACGUGUGCAGACCAAUUCGUUAUUUGGUUUUAGCAACAGCGCAGAUGGCCCGGUAUUGCAGCAGGAAAAGAAAAAGGUUGGCUUUGCGGCUGUUGCCAAGACGCAGAAUCCAAACGCGAAGAAAACGGCGAAUAAAGUAAUGAAAGCUAAGGAUAUGGAUGAGAAUGCUGCCCCUCAACAGCUUAGUCGACGAGAGCGUGAAGCCAUUGAGAAGGAGCGAGCAGCAGCGUAUUACUUGAAAAAGCACUUGGCUGGUGAAACGGACGAGGCUAAGAAGGAUUUGGCCAGAUUGGCGGAAGUUAAACGUCGCCGUGAAGAAGCUGAACAGCGCAAGAAGGAGGAAGAAGAAGCUGCUGCUGAACGCGAGAAGAGCAAGAAGAGUGUGCAGGUCAAGGAUGACGACGAACCUUUGGAUGCUCGUGCGAUCAAAGCCUUGAAGCCGGCAGUUUUGAAGGAGAAGUUGAAAGAGCGGGAUCUGUCUACACAAGGCCAGAAGAAGGAGCUUAUCCAACGACUCAUAGACUAUGAAAAUGAGCGAGCUUUAUGA